CAGGAUGCCCGGAAAGCUUGUGCAGACACAACACUUGCUCAGAUUGUGUCUGGAGUAGAAGUGGUUGGCCGCAUUCAGAUGCGGACCCGAAGGACCCUGCGUGGGCACCUGGCCAAGAUCUACGCCAUGCACUGGUCCACAGACUCCAAACUCCUGGUCAGUGCCUCACAAGAUGGGAAACUGAUUGUGUGGGACACAUACACUACCAACAAGGUUCAUGCCAUCCCUUUGCGUUCUUCCUGGGUCAUGACCUGUGCCUAUGCCCCCUCAGGCAAUUUUGUAGCCUGUGGGGGCCUUGACAACAUGUGCUCCAUCUACAACCUCAAGACUCGUGAAGGCAACGUCAAAGUGAGCAGGGAGCUCUCAGCCCAUACAGGUUAUCUCUCCUGCUGCCGAUUUCUGGAUGACAACAGUAUUGUGACCAGCUCUGGAGACACCACAUGUGCACUCUGGGACAUUGAGACAGGGCAGCAGAAGACAGUGUUCCUGGGUCACACCGGAGACUGUAUGAGUUUGGCUGUCUCCCCAGACUUUAAACUGUUCAUCUCUGGGGCCUGUGAUGCUACUGCCAAACUGUGGGACGUGCGGGAGGGCACCUGCCGUCAGACCUUCUCAGGGCACGAGUCCGAUAUCAACGCCAUCUGUUUCUUCCCUAAUGGUGAAGCCAUCUGCACUGGCUCAGACGAUGCCACCUGUCGUCUCUUUGACCUCCGGGCAGACCAGGAGCUCAUAGUGUACUCUCAUGAGAGCAUCAUCUGUGGAAUCACAUCAGUCGCCUUCUCCCGCAGUGGGCGCCUCGUGCUUGCUGGAUAUGACGACUUCAACUGCAACAUCUGGGACUCCCUGAAAGCAGAGCGUGUGGGAAUCCUCUCUGGCCAUGACAACAGAGUGAGUUGUCUGGGGGUGACAGCAGACGGCAUGGCUGUUGCCACAGGCUCCUGGGACAGCUUCCUCAAGAUUUGGAACUGAGGAUGACAGCAGAGAGGGAAAGAGCAGCAGAAGCAUGGUCCAAGGCCUAAGCCCAUGCAAACAGCAUCAUCAACUGAACACAACAGAAACUUUGCUUAUCACUCCCACUUGUCUCCAUACACAGGUCACUUGUAGGGGUCUCCUAGAGUGAAAGGAAGAUGAGAAGUCUGGGGGUUGGGGGUAGGGCUGAAGAGCAGGAGCACACACAGUGGCAGUUCUCUCCACCCUUGGACAGGCCCAGCAGUUUCUAGCCUCUUGCAGGCUUCAGGACCCCAGCCAAGCACAACUGUUCAUCGCAUCUCAGGCCUUUACAGUACAGUUCAGACACGCUGCAUCUUCCUUCAAACACCUCUACACCUUUGACACCCAUCUCUUUGAGGGCUCCUUAUCAACCCCUCUGUCCCAGACUAAGCCCUAUCCCUGAUUUAGCUAGGUACAGCUCCUCCACAUGGCUCUUCUCUGUACCUGCAGACAUUCCCAGAGAGGCACUGGGUUUGAUAUAUUUUUGUCAUGCAACCUCUGCCAAAAAGGUAGGGUAAAUUGGGCUCAUUUUCCAUAGGGGAAGACUUAGCUCAAGUUUCAUCUAUGUACAGACAGGGGAAAACCUCCAGACCCCCCAGAGAACCAGGAAAUAUUAUGUUUAUUCUUAUUUGUUGUUUGCUUCAUGCUGUUCCUUCUCUUUUUGCCUCACCUGUGUGUUGUGUGGUGACCCCACCUAACCAGUAGUCCUCAGCCACUGCUUUCCACUCCAACUCUAUAGCACUUCAUAGUCCAAGCAAAUAAAGAAAGCUCACA